UAAACAUAUCAAUGCAUCGGUUGCACCGUGCGGCCCGGCGAACCCCCUUUACGCGCUAUGGGGUUUAGCGCGUCUGAUCGCGUCCGUCCAGCCACCGGCCUACCAACUCCCCUGAACGCAUUCAUAUCGAUAGAUACAUGUACUCCCUACAUCCACAGUAUACUCUGCAUCUCAUCACCAUUGCCACUGAAUUACAUACAUCUCUCCGUAACAGUACUAUCCUACAGUAAUAAGACUGAUAUCAUAAUACGACGAUGGCGGCAUCAAGAAAGCGAAAGCACGCGGUUGCCGAUGAACGUGAUGCAACAGCAGAAGAUAUCAUUCCACCACCGACUCGCCAGAGCCAUGACGCUUUCAAGUUUACGAGCAAGCCUGUCAUAGCACUAGAGAGUAUGAAGAAGCGCAAGACCAGACAUCAGCAGGGUAUGCAGCCGCCGGUGCUUACCGUGACCAUCCCCACCCCGACUCCGGCAGCAGCCAGCGGAAAGGGGAGAAAGCGAAAGCUGGACUUGGACACAUCAGUGUCUGGUGCUGGCGAUACUUCUACCACAUCGAAGCGACCCACCCAUGAAGACACCAUCACCACCCCACGCAACAAACGCUUCAAGGACGCCCUCCCACCCUCUCCCACCGAAACACCCAGCAGAACCACCGCCGCUCUACUGGACCGCCUCGUCCUCGAGUCUUCCGCAUCAAUCCCGUGUAAGCUAACCGGACGGGCGCUCGCCUACGACACCCCGCCCACAACCCCACCCACCACCAGCGAGAAGAAAUCCGCCGGUCUCGCCCUCCCCGCCGAACUCGCCGACCUCUGCAAACUCCACGCCUCCUUCAUGAGCGCGUUAUCAAUGUACUACGCCUACAACGGCACCUCCUCCACCAUCGACGUCGAUAAUCUCCUCCCCCUCGUCACGGGCCACUGGAAGAAACGCGCCGUCACGUUGCACGAUCUACGUCUCGUGCUCGCCGUAACGGGAUCGCAAUGCAGCAUCUGGACGCUGGAAGACUGCGGGCGGGCGGGCGUGUGUUUGAGGAAAGUGCAUGACGCGGACGGCCGCGGGGCGAGUUAUAUCAACGAGGAUGCGUUGAAUGCGCAUUUCGACUCGGCGGUGUUGAAUAAGUGGCUCGCGUGGCGGAAUACCAGCCUGCAGAAGGAGGGGAAUGAUAUUCCGGACCCGGCUUCGUUUUUGAAACAACUUCCAUUAGCGGAGAUCACUUCCGACCCUUCGGCAGCGGCGAAAACGACAUCCCUCUUCGCCCGCGGCGAACAACGUCUAGCCGAUAUCAAAAGCGCGCAAGCUUCCGCCACACAACCCGCAGAACAAACACCAUCACCACCCUCACCAUCAUCCCUCGAACAGGACGAGAAGAAGAAGAAGAAGAAGACGACGACGACCCAAUCCCGCACCUCCAACCUCCUCUCCCGCAUCCUCGCCAAACAUACCACCCUCUCCCCCUCCGUCCCGCCCUCAACCGCCGCAGAGAUGCAAUCCUCCCACCUCCGCCAAACAGCCCUCCACCGCCUCGAGGAAAUCUCCCGCGUCCUCGCCUCCCUCCUCAGCAACACCACCAAAUCCCCCCGCCUCAGCCUCAGCAUGGCGGCGAUGGUGGCGCAGUUACAGCAAAGUUUGCGGAAUCCGAUUUCGCGGGCCGAGGCGGAAUGUGCGUUGGAGGUGCUGGCGGGCGAGGUUUGUCCCGGGUUUGUGAGGGUGGUGGGGAUGGAUGGGGUCGGGGGGGUGGGGACGAAGGCGGUGGUUGUCGUUUUGAGAAGUGGGAUGGUGACGGGGGAGGUGGUUCGGGGACGCGUGGCUGCUUUGCUCGGUUAGGUUGCGCCUGCUCUUACGGAUGGGUUUUGUUUGUUUGUUGUCGUGUUGGGGGUUUGUGGUCGCAGGGUUGGUUGUGAGCUGCCCUGUGUACAUGUAGUGUAUAGUGUGUACUGUUCCAUGUGUAAUCACUACUGAGAAUGGCUGAACCGAAUACAUGUACUGCCAAGCCGCCGUCUUUCUUGAGAGAGAGAGCUCAAAGCGUUCUCAUGAUCAAGGAAAUCCCAUCGUCGGGCUGACCCUACUCGUAAAGUGGUUCUCGGCAUCGUACGGUUCUAACCUCAUACGCUACCCCCACCUACCCACCUACUUACCUACCUCCAUCUGCGUAUUGUGCAGAGUUCGACCUAACUGCCUACCUACCACCUGCGGAGAACAUCC